AUACAUCCAAGUACAAAAAUGUUAGCAACAGGUGAGUAAUGUUCUCUGUAUAAUAUACACAGGUAAGUAAACUAGCUCGGUUGGCUGUACUGCAUUCAAGAGGUAAAAUAUACCUUAUUAAUGCACAUGGAGUCGGUCAAAGCAGCUAAUACAUGCAUGAAAUACUGCAAUGCAGAAAGUUAGCAUAACAUCCAAAUUGAGUUCACUAAUAAAUGUAUAAAUCUCAGUAGAAAAAGAGUAAUGUACUCUAAGUAUUAACAUAAAACCUAGAAACAUACUUAGACAUUGUGUCUUAAAAGGCAUAAGAGAGGAUGGCAAAUAGAAAAACAUUGUAUCAGCCAUGCAUGUCAUUUACUUUCUGACAGACACAAGAUGGCUCCUUAAGUAUCGGUGGUUGGUAUUGGCAGCUUUGACGAGUACCCGAUACACUGAAAUCAUACAAUACCAGGCAUUGUUACUUUAGUUCCUAUUCGACGGGGCUUUGGCGCCAGCGAAUAGCUGAGGGUAGGUUUGCAGAAGAAAAAAAAGACAGAAUAGGUGAAUUUGUGAACAGUGAACGGCAAAUUAUUGGGGGCGUGGGGGGAUACAGUUUUAUGAAUUCGACAAUUUGUGGAUUUUUUUUUUUGCAACCUUUCCUCCGUUAUUGGCCGAUUUUGUGCUCAGGCCAUAGCCGUGUCUAAUAGAAAAAUAUUGCUCUGGCACCAUGAAACUGUUGAAGUGAGGGGAGGAACUUCAUUUAGUUGGGCCAUAGCCACGUCUAAUGCUUUUCCGCCAUCUUGUAAGUAACUACUAACCUUUUUGAGUGGACGUCAAGUGCUCGCGGAUGUGUGUGUGUGACCUCUAGAUUGCGGGCAACAUGGUUGGCCUGAAACCCUCAGACGUGCCCCCUCCUCUCGGGGUAAAGAUGGCGAGUGCGGGGGCGGCGGCGUGCAUCGCCGACAUCGUCACGUUUCCCUUGGACACAGCCAAAGUUAGGCUACAGAUCCAAGGCGAGAAGAAGGUGGCUGCAGCGGAGGCCAAGGCUAUCCGCUACAGGGGCGUGUUCGGGACCAUCAGUACCAUGAUCCGCACCGAGGGUCCGCGUUCGCUCUACAACGGGCUGGUGGCGGGCCUGCAGAGGCAGGUGUGCUUCGCCUCGGUGCGAAUCGGCCUCUACGACAACGUCAAAGAUUUCUACACCGGAGGAGCAGAGCAUGCAGGAGUUCUAAUGCGCAUCCUGGCCGGCUGCACGACGGGCGCCAUGGCGGUAUCGUUCGCUCAGCCCACCGACGUGGUGAAGGUGAGGUUCCAGGCUCAGAUGAACCUGGAUGGAGUGGCGCGGCGCUACAGCGGCACCAUGCAGGCCUACAGACACAUCUUCCGCAACGAAGGACUGCGCGGACUCUGGAAAGGAACGUUGCCCAACAUCACGAGGAACGCGCUGGUCAACUGCACCGAGCUGGUGACCUACGACCUCAUCAAAGAGGCCAUCCUGCGACACAAGCUCAUGUCAGACAACCUGCCGUGUCACUUUGUGUCGGCCUUCGGCGCCGGCUUCGUCACCACGGUGAUCGCCUCCCCGGUGGACGUGGUGAAGACCAGGUACAUGAACUCUCCGCCAGGUCAGUACCGCAGCGCUAUCAACUGCGCCUGGACCAUGUUGACCAAAGAGGGGCCCACAGCUUUCUACAAGGGCUUUGUGCCGUCCUUCCUAAGGCUCGGCUCGUGGAACGUGGUCAUGUUCGUCUCCUUUGAGCAAAUCAAGCGCGCCAUGAUGGCGACCAAGAAGCGCUUUGACGCCUCCAACUGAACCUGAACGCACCAGACACAGCAUUGGGUACACUCAGUAACCCUCCGAGAAAGAAUAUUGCGGUAAUUAAAUCAUUUAUUGAAUAUUUAUAAUGUAAUACAAUGGAAAAAUGUUAGUUUUCAAACUAAAUAAUAGAGCACAAUUUAUUGAAUAUAAAUGUAAUACAAAAUAAAGGAUUGUCUUGAAUAUUUCGAAGGGCUACAUUUAAUACAAUUAUAUAAUUUAAUCCAAAAUAUUUUUGUAUUGAAAACUAUUAAAUAAAUACAACUUUAAAAACAUUAAAUGUGAGUAGAGUAUAAUACAGUGGUGCCUUAACUUACUAGCUUAAUUUGUUCUGUGACCACGCUUGUAACUCCAGUGCGACUUAUAUAUGUUUUUCCUUCUUUAUUAUGCAUUUUUUGGCUGGUUCGACUUAUAGUCCGGAAAAUACGGUAAUAACAAUUAAAAAGAAUGUGAAGAAUUCAACGGUUUGUGCAUCAUGACUGCAUGCUUUAAUGCCCAUUGACGUUGUGCUGCUCCUGGUCUGCACGCCGUGGCCACCAGGGGGAGUAUACCCUAUUACUUAACAAAUACACAAAGAAGACGGUCCCUUUUUAAGCUCAGUAACUGCAGUAAUAGCAGUUGUUUUUCCACAGAGGAUAAAGAAUAUAUGCCUGCGAGUAUUGUUAUAUGGUCUGUCUGUCUAAAUGUGUUGCUACACCAUUUGUUUGCAACACCCAUGCUAGUUUCAUUAGCCGGUUUGCAUAGUGUGCUAGCACUAAGCAAAUGAUCAUUCGUAAGUUGCGUUUUACACGGGUAAUUUUUGAAGAAUUCCUCAACUAGCUCCUGCUUGUUGUGAAGUUUCCUGCCAGCUUCUAGCGUUUGUACCAAAACGCUAGUUGCUCACAACUGGAGGGGGGAAAUUAUUAUUAUUAUUUUUAUUGUUUUUUUUAAAUCACCCAAGUGACUGCUCAGAUCUUGAAAAAUUAGUUGAGGUACCACUGUACAAUGUAUAUAUCUGUAAAUAAUUAUAUAUAUCAUCAUCAUCAUACAUUUCACUGUAUUUAUUUAAAAAAUACCUUCAUACUCAUGUUUACUGAAUUUCUAAAAAACAAUCUGGAGAUGUACUAUUGUUCCAUAAAUAUAUCAUUAUUGUUUUACUGUAUAAAUAUAUCAAAUAUAUUUGAUAUUCUAAACAUUACACAAUUAUAUUCAAUACAUUAAAAUGUUUAAUUAUUAAACACGAGUACAAUAAAUUACAUAAUUUUAUUUUUUAGAAAUAAUAAAAUGUGAGUGUGUUUUUUAAUUUUCAAAUGAUUGUAAGUGCUUAUAUGUUCCAGACUCCAAAAGGUAUGUUGUGGUUGUCUACAACAUGCAUUUUUAAUUGUAUCAAGUUUAUCAACGUAUUUCAUGAUGUUGUUCUGUUAAGUUAUGUUUUAUUUUACCAACUACAUAACUGCAGUAUUUUCCCUUGGAGAUAAAAUGUUUAUAUAUAUAUAUAUAUAUAUAUAUAUAUAAUAUAGGCAUAAGGCAAUUGUUGUGUCCAGUGAGUGUGUUAAAGGUGAAAGAACAUGUUUUCACUUGAAUAAGAAGCCCAAAACGUGCCCAAAUGUCCAUGGCACUCACAUGUAAAAGCUGUUUAUAUGAAUACUAUAUAUAAAUAUAAUCUUUUACACUC